AUCGAGAAUCGUUAAAUUGAUUGCAGUUGAUUGUUAACUUUAGAUGCCGUUGCAACUGUUAAUGAUCUGUUAACUUGGAGUGAAAACGACUUUUGAAAAUUGGUGAAAACGGAAAGCAAACUUUUACUCCUUUUGGCUUAUCCCUUUCUAUAUCAAAGAAGUGUCUUGCUGGGUUGCCUUUAUAUCAUUUUUGCGUCCUCUUCAUUCAACAUUCAAAUGGACUUUAGGUUAUCUUGAGAAGUGAAAGUUUAUUCUUCCUUUAAGCAUUCUUAUUCUUUAUCUCUUCUUGGUUUGGCUACUUGUUCAACCUACUCUUCUUUACUGACCAUUACUUCGAUUUAUGAGACAAGCAAGAUUGUGAAGAGAAACCAAACGACAUCAACAGUCAUUACAACCUUUUGUCAAUAACCCAUUGGCCAGACGAGAAAAGACCAGGAGAUUGAACUUUUCUUUAACCUAACCAAUUGUGUGAUUUGUUGCUACACCAACCUGUUGCUACCAACCUUUCAACAUUUUAAUUAUUAUAUUCUAAUCAACCAAUCAUGCCCAUUCAUCAUCAACCUGUGACACAGAGUCAAAUUACUUUGACAAGUUCCCUGGAUCAUGAAAAAUUCAGAAACCCUCCUUGGUGGAAUCGUCGGACUCGUAUGGAAAGGGGCUUAUGCACAAUUGCAAUUGUCUCGCUAGUCAUGUGUCUCUUUCUAACCAUUGCAUUGGCUUUUGUUGCCUACCAAUAUAACGCUAAUUUAGUAAACGGCCUUGGUGUUAGUGCUACCGCAGAUAAAUUAAUAGGAGCAGAAGAUCACCAUAUCUACAAUUCACUUGAAGAAUCACAAUCACAACAAACUGUUUGUUUAACAAAAGGAUGUGUUUCCGCGGCUGCUGAUAUUAUAAGAAAUGUUGACAAUAGCGUCGAUCCAUGCGAUGAUUUCUACAAAUUUGCGUGCGGAGGAUGGCUUGAUCGUCAUACUAUUCCAGAGGAUAGAACUUCUGUUUCAGUUUUUUCCGCAAUUCAAGAUGACUUAAAUAACAAGUUAAGAGUUUUGGUUGAGAGUGAAGCUGAGCCUAAUGAGCCUCGAUUUUACACAAUGCUUCGAAGCAUGUACAAAUCAUGCAUGAAUCUGACUGAAAUUGAGAGAGUUGGUAAUGAACCUGUCCUUGAAACUUUGAAUGAGCUUGGAGGUUGGCCUGUAUUGGAACAAGAUAAAUGGAAUGCAUCAUCUUUCAAUUGGCUCGAUAGUUUGAUCAAAUUUAGGAAAGCUGGUUUCAGUCAUGAUAUUUUGAUGGAUUUAUCGGUUAACACCGACUAUCGGAAUAAUACUCGACAUGUAAUUGAUCUGGAUCAAGCAACUCUCGGUAUGCCUGACAGAAGCUAUCUUCUCCGUGGUCUCAACGACUCUGCAGUUCAGGGUUACUACAAAUUGAUGGUUGAAUCUGCAGUUAUGUUGGGUGCUGAUCGUCAAAAGGCAGAAAAAGAUAUGCUCGAAGCACUUGCAUUUGAAACCAUUUUGGCCAAUUUCUCCAUACCAAGAGAGGAACGAAGAAAUAUCAGUUUGCUCUACAAUUUGAUGACAGUUAAAGAAAUUGAGACAAUUGCUCCAAACGUAAAUUGGUCUCGAUUCUUUAAUUACCUUCUCAAUGAUCCCAUCCCACCAAAUGAACUUGUUUUGGUUAACGUUCCAACAUAUCUUAAAAAAUUGGACAAACUUCUUGUUGAAACUGAUGGCAGGAUCGUCGCUAACUACAUGAUGUGGAGGAUUGUACUUCAAUGUUACACUACCUUAGGUAAACGAUGGAGAGAGUUGGCACAAGAGUAUAACAAGGUUAUAACUGGACAAGAUCGUGAAGAACCUCGUUGGGAACAAUGUAUGUCCUCCUUGACUGGAUCUCUCGGAGUUGCAUUAUCAUCACUAUAUGUUAAAAAUCACUUUAAAGAAGGCAGUAAAUAUAUGGCACUAGAAAUGGUUAAUUAUAUUCACAAGGAGUUCUUAACGAUUUUGGAUGAAGUUGAUUGGAUGGAUGCAAAUACCACUCAAAGAGCAAGAGAAAAGGCCAAUGCCAUUGUUUCUUACAUUGGAUAUCCUGACGAGCUUUUGAACAACAGUAAAGUUGGCGAACUAUACACAAAUUUAUCAUUGGUAGAGAGAAGCUAUUUCACCAAUGUCCAAAACCUUCGAAAAUGGUCAACUGAUUUCGCAUUUAAUAAACUUCGCAAACCCAAUCUUAAAGGAGAAUGGACCAAACACGCUCGAGCUGCUGUAGUCAAUGCUUAUUACAAUGCUCUCGAAAAUAGUAUCGAAUUCCCUGCAGGUAUUCUUCAAGGAUCAUUCUUCAGUAAAGAUCGACCAAAUUAUCUGAAUUUCGGUGCCAUUGGAUUCGUUAUUGGUCAUGAAAUCACUCAUGGUUUUGAUGAUCGAGGUAGACAAUUCGAUAAAGAUGGUAACAAUAAAAACUGGUGGGAUCAUGUUACUGAUCAGAAAUUCCGUUCUCGUACUCAAUGUAUUAUUGACCAGUACGGUAAUUACACUCUUCCCGAAAAUGGAAUGAAAGUUAACGGAAUUAACACUCAAGGAGAAAAUAUUGCUGACAAUGGUGGUCUUAAGGAAGCUUUCAGGGCUUAUCAAAAAUGGGUCUUCGACCAUGGCAAAGAACCAACCUUACCCGGUUUAAGUUAUUCAACAGACCAAUUAUUCUGGAUAAGUGCUGCUAAUGUUUGGUGUGGAAAGUAUCGCCCAGAAGUUCUUCGACUUCGUGUAUCAUUAGGAUCUCACAGUCCAUCUAGAUUCAGAGUUAUUGGGCCAAUGUCCAACAUCGAAGAAUUUUCAAAGAGCUUUAAAUGUCCAAGAGGAACGCCAAUGAACCCACAGAAGAAAUGCCACGUUUGGUAAUAAAAAGCAAGGUUGCUAAAGACUUCUUAAGAGUAUUAAGGAUAACAAUAAUUGUUACUGCAUCAUUAAUUAUUGUGAUGAUAAUGAUUUUUUGAAUAGUCUGGUAUGGAUAGUGAUAAAACAAGUGUACAUUUUUGAAAGUACUGAUUUGAAAGCUUUGCCCUCACUAUUUAACUUCAUUACAAACAUAAUCACAUUCUCAUCGCUAUCACCAUUUUAAUCACCUACAUCUUCAUGAUCAUUCUCAUUAUUUCUUCACUCAUCAUCUCAAUUCUUUUCAACCCUACUACAAAUCAACUAAAUUGGUCAUAAACCCUCACCUCAAAGGCAAAUUCAAGAUAUUAUUCAACGCUGCUCCAAUUAUUUCAUUUUAUCAAUUAAUCAACUACAAUGGAUUUUUUCAAAAAAAUUACAUGACAUACAAUUUAAACUUUGAAAUUAUAACAAAAUCAACAAUCGAUAGUUAUCUCUUAUUGUAUGACAUUUUGAAUCAUGCUACCGAUUGCAGUGCACCUAACCUCUAUGAUACACAAUCUGAGAUUAACAUUGAAGAGAUUAUUGAUUCUAGUUCAAUUUUCGAUGAAUAGAAGAGAAACUGAGUUGAUUAAGUUUUAUUUUCUUUUUAAAUUAUAUACCAUUGUAAACUUAUCAUCUUUACACCUUUCCUUGUCUUCCAUGUCUUUCUAAAAAAUCUUUUCUCACUGUUGUCUACCUUGAUUAUAACGCCUUUCAUUGUACUUUGACUAUUUUGUAGUUGGUAGACUUUUUGACUGCGGGUCAAACAGUCACUUCUGACUCUAUUAUAGCAAUUAAAUUCAUUUUUUUCUACAAAAAUAAAAUACUUCUUGUCUCCAA